CCUGCAUUCAGAUAACUCCCUGUGUUAUUUAAUGCAGACAGCAGCUCGCCUCAGGUGUGAGAGAGAUUAGUGUUGCUGCAAUACAUCAACUUUGGAUCAUCUGAGAGCAUAACUGCGCCUUUAAAGCCCGUUCAGCUGGAGGAAAAGUUUCAGAUUUACUUUUAAAUCCACCCAAAGGCGUUUCUCUGCAUAAAAAAAGGGUUACGCAACAGAAGCUGAUAUCUAAACAGUGAGGCUCGAUUUGGGGAAGAACCGAAACAAAAAAAGGCAUAUUUAAGUUUUAGAAGGAGCAUCAGAAAGAUGUCGAAACCUGAUUACUCCGGGACUUAUCAUUUGGUGGAAAUGGAGAAUAUGGACGCAUAUCUUGCAGCUUUGGAUAUCAAUAUCGCCCUGAGGAAAAUUGUGUGUCUGCUGAAGCCCACUAAGGAGAUCACCCAUGACCCAGCAACAGGAGCCAUGAAGAUUCGCACCCUCACCACUUUUAAGAACUUCAACAUGGACUUCACCAUCGGGAAAGAAUUCACAGAGGACCUGGGACCUGUGGAUGGCCGUACCUGCCAGACUACAGUGAGCUGGGAAGGAGACAAACUUGUUUGCGUACAGAGAGGGGAGAAAGAAGGUCGAGGUUGGACCCACUGGCUGGAAGGCAACAAGCUCCAUUUGGAAAUGAGAGUUCAAGGCAUCGUUGCUAAGCAAGUCUUCAAGAAGGUGGAAUGAAUUUGCUGCUGACGAGCUGCAGCACACAGCUCUCCUUUAAAGUAGUCGAACUGAAUCAUGUUUAUAGCAUUUUUAUUCCAAUCAUAAACCUGUUCAAAGAUCAUAAUAACACUAGAAGACAUCUGUUCAUUGUGGCAGGAAUUAUUCAAACACUAACAGCAAAGAUGACUGCAAACAUUCCCAGGUCGUUUCUGCUUAUUGCACAAUGUUUUAAGCAAACCUUACAUGGGUCACAGUUUGCUUCUACAUUAUAAGAUCAUUAACAGAUGAAAUGACUUUGUGUGAAACUAUUACUGCAUUUUUUUGUAUUCUUUUACAAGUUAUAAAUGCUAAAACUCUAUGGUUGAAAUUUGGUGAAAUCAGUUUGCAUGAUACAGUGAUGUCUGUGAACGAACAAAAAAUAAACAAUAAAAGUUCAACUAGAAAUC